UACCCCCUCCCCUCCCCUCCCUGUCCGUGUGGCUCGGCUGUGCGCUCUGCUGCCUGCGCGAUCGAACACGACCCACCGGGGUGUCUGGGUCUGGGUCUGGGUCUAGGCGAGAGCAAGAUGGGCAACCUGGUCUCGGGUGCCGCGGCGGCGAGCGGCGGCGGGAAGGUGGUGAUGGCGGACGGCAGCGUGCGGGCGCUCAGCGAGCCGGUGUCCGUGGCGGAGCUCAUGAUGGACCACCCGCGCCACUUCGUCGUCGACGCGCGCGUGCUCAAGAAGCUUGGCCACCACAACCACCACCACCACCAGCAGCAGCAGCAGAGCGGGGCCAAGGUCGCGCCGCUGCCGGCCGACCACGUGCUCGGCGCCGGCGGGGUGUACGUGCUGCUGCCGGCCACGCGGGGCAAGGUGUCGGCCGAGGAGGCGCGGCGCGCGCUGUCGGCGGCGCGCUCCCUGGCGCGGUCGCGGUCGAUGCCCGGGCUCAGGCGGAAGCUUUCGUCGUCGUCGUCGUCCAACAAGGGCCGGGGGCAGCCCGGCGCCGAAGAGCCAGCGCAAGCGCACCGAGAGGAGGACGAGGACGAGGCGGAGGCGGCGAGGCCGGACGGGUUCGAGGAGCACCGGCCGGAGUUCCUCAGCCGGGAGCUGUCCAGCAGGGGGUGGAAGCCCAGCUUACGGACCAUCGAGGAGCGCGUCCUGCCCAAGAAGACGCCCCAUUGGCUCUUCUGAUAAGCUGCAUCUCCAUUGCCUCCCUCUGAUCCACCAGCCGAUGAUCAAGAAGGUGCUCUGAUCAACCUAAUCGUCUUCUUCUCUGUCCCAAUGCAAUGAAUGCCUGCUGUGAUCAUGUACCCUGUCAAACUGCAUGUACGGAUGGCAUGACGUGACCUCCAUGUCACAAGCUGAUAUAUAGCGCGACCGGAAUUUGCCGUGUAAAAUUACUCUACUUAUUAAAUAGAAUCAGAACAGGUGUUUCAUAGA